AUGGAUUCACUAGAUGAAUCUGAAGGAAAAGAGAUCUAUAUAGAUAUUGAGCCUGAAGAAAUGACGAACUACGCUCCAGAUGCCGACACAACUUGCACUAUAUGUCAUGCAGAAUUUCUAGAUCCAGAAGAUUUAAAUAUUCACUUAGAUCAAGUCCACAAAAUAGCUCGUGCUGUGUUAAAAAAGUGUCAGUUAUGUCCUGAAGCGUAUACAGACAUGAUGGAUUACGCUGAACACAUUAGAGAUAACCAUUUAUUGACGCUAAAGUGUUGUUCCCUCUGCUGGAGAGUAUUCGAAGAUUUUGAUGCCCAUAGAAUUCACCGUAAGAAGCAUUCAGUGUCGAAGUCUGAUUCUAUAUACAGUUGUUCCCAAUGUCAACAGAAGUACGCUGAUCUAUUUUCGUUGAGGAAACACGAAUUCGAACAUAAAAAUUCUAAGGAUGGCGUGUUAAUGCAUGAUGCAUUUCCUUAUCUUUCGGUAGCUUUGAAAGUUAAGUCGAUAACAUUUAUAUCGACUCUGGACACUGACGUAGUGUAUGUGUGCGUUGGCUGCGGCUUUUCCACUGUUGAUAUGACCAUGUACCUGCGACACGUUAGGUCUAAUAAAUGUGAAGUAUACGUGUGCCAUACUUGUGGUAAUGUAUUUAAUAAAAAAAGGAAUUUAAUAAAACAUUUGAGUAGAGAAUGUAACAUGUUUGGUGAGAGGGAGAAAAAAACACGGCUGUGUCUUGAUUGCAAAACUCAUAUCGCAGUUCGUACAUACCAAAAGCAUAAAUCGUUUUGUAAACCAAUAAAAUGCCAUUCCUGUAAUAUAACAUUUAAAACGAUGAACGAAUGGUCUGAUCAUCAAUCACAAAAGCAUGCGGGUCACUGCAUUGAAGUAGAGACGUGCCAGUUCUGUUGGAAACGUUGUGUUGGGAGAGUUGCGAUGCAGAAACAUAUUGAUAAAACGCACAGACCUAUGUUUCAUUUGUACAAGUAUCUAUGUAUUUAUUGCAAGAGUGUGUUUAAUCAUCCGCAGAAACUGUUUGCUCAUUUUGUCACGAAACAUAAAGAUAUAUUUCCUUACACUUGUAAGAUUUGUAAUAAAAAGUUCCGUUUCAGGAAGAAGUUCACAAUCCACAUAAAGUUAGAACACAAAAGUGUCGGUUUUGUGGAAUUUGAUGAGAACUAUCACGUAUUCUUCUCGGAUAAGAAAUCGGAGACACCAUUUGUACCCAAAAGUAUCAUUGUUGAUGAAUCAAAAACAUCAAGUGAUGAAAGGGCUACUGACAUUAUUGCACUAAAUUCAGAUUUCACGGAUGCGUUAGAAACGGAGGGUAACCAAACAGAAAUUUUUAAUAAAGAAACACCAAAAUUGAAACGAAAAAAAACUACUAAAACUCGCAAACAGAAUAACCAAGAACUUAUUAUGUUAGAGUCUUCUGAUGAUGAUGAACCAUUGCAUUCUGUAAGAAAGAGGGUGCGACUUCAAAAGAAAAGUAAUCUUGUACCCGUUAAAAAAAGACGGUUACAACAAACUAACAGAAAAGCUUUAACUUGCAAUAUUUGUGAAAAAUAUUGUUACACAGUACAGAACUACAACCACCACGUAAGCCUCCACUCAAAACAUGAAGUAAAAAAAUGCAUUAAAUGCUCAAAAAUAUUCAGAAGCAAAGCAAAAUUGAAUGAACAUGUUGCAACUGAACACUCAUCAUCACGGCUCACAGAGACAUUAAAAAUACUUUUAGAGAAACGCAAGACUGGUGGCUCAUUAACCGAAGAUUUACCUACGUCAGUCAAAUUCCAACGUACACUUGUGAAAGCAAAGACAGAUAUUACCACAACUAGUGCCAAAAUAACCGUGGUUGACCAUAAAUUAUCAGUGCAAAAAUUUUUCGAAAACUUUGUUCCGGAAGAAAGCAAAGAGGCUCAAACUGAAAGUACAGCAACCAUUAAGCUGGUAACAGGCUAUGCAAGAGAGCCUACUGUUAAAAUGACCAAAUUUAAAAAUACCCCCAGCAGCACCUCUCAACGGUUAGCAAUGCCUGUUAAAUUUGUGGACCACUAUCCAGAUAAGACCAAAGUCAGUAUAAAAAUUGUGGAAGCUCCAUGUGAAAUGGAUGACGCUGCAGAACACUAUUCUGAUCACUGCGAUGACAAUGGUGAUAUGGACAGACACGAGGCUAUUCCAGAAGUUGCUGAAGAAGUUAUGUUAGAAAACACAGAAGAAAGUCCGAGACAGAAACAAAAUGAGGUAGCUCAUAAAAUAGUAAUACCUAAACUGCCAACGGAAUUGACGGACAUAAGAAUUGCACACUUAUUGCCAGCAGCUCCUUAUUACAAAAUCGUAAAGGUUAAAGACGUCUUAGCUCAAAAUGAUCCACAAAAUAUGAUAGACACAAAACCUCCUACUUCUAUCAAAUUGUCAGACGGCACUAAAUUAGUGACAACCAAUCCGUUAGCCCACUUGUUAGGCAAAAACCAGGAGGAAGUGUUAAAAUCAGUGAAAAAUAAAUAUUACAAAUCAAAGAAUCAAAAUUUUCAAGCGUUACUGUCUAAAGCUCUCACUAGGUUGGAAAAGCCGACGUACAGAAAGAAAAGAGAAGUAAGAAACAUAGAAGUUGAAUCAGAUGAGAAUUAG